AUGAAAAUUGAUAAAAAAAAAGAGUUUAAAAAGAAACUUAUAAUAUGUUCCUCUUUGUUGCAAGUAGUAGAUCCUUUGAAAAUAAUUAUAGAUGAAACAUUUAUUAAUUUAUGCAUUAUUCAUAAAAUACCAAUUAAAGAAGAAUUAAAUAAAUUAAUUAACAGACAACUUAUAAUUAUGACAACUAAAUGCAUAACAGCAAACUCAAAAAAAUUAAAUGAAGAAAGUGCUUACAGUUUAAAGAAGAUAACACAUUAUAAAUGUAAUCAUGAAAAAGAUUAUUUAAAAAAAUCAACUAGUAUAUUUCUUGAAAAAAUUAAUAAAGGAGAAAAUUCCAAAUUUUCUCCAAUUAAUUAUUUUGAAAAUCAAAUUAAAAUUACUCAUAAUUUCGAUUGUAUAUAUAAUGCAAAAAAUGAAAUUUAUUCAAAUAAUGUAAUAAAUGAAAAUAAUAAACAAGUAGAAGGGAUUAUAACAAAAGAAAAUAAUGAAUUGAAUGAAAAAGAUAAAAAAUUAAAUGAAAAUAAUAAAAUUACAGAAGAAAUCAUUAAUACAAAUGAAAAUGUUGAAUUGUCUGAUUCUAUGAAAUGUAUAUUAGAUUUAGUCAAAAAUAAUAAUGAAAAAAAGUUUUUCAUUGCAACAAAUAACAUGGAAUUGAGAUAUUUUUUAAGAAAAAUCUUUUUAGUGCCAAUUAUUUAUGUAAGUGAAGGAGGAGCUUUAAAAAUCGAAAGUUUAUCAAUAAAAAACAUGAAAAAAAAAAAAAAUGUUGAAUUAAAAAAGAUGAAAAUGCUUAAGUGGGAAAGAGAUAUAAAAAUAUCAGAACAAAAAAGAAAUGAAAAAGUAAGAAAAAGCAUAAAAAAAAGAAAGAAAAAAAAGAAUAGAAAUAAUACAAAUGAAUUAAAUAAAAAUGAAAUGGAAGUAAAUAAAGAAAAAGUAGAUGAUAAAAAAAAUCAAAUAGAAGAAUAUAUGAUUAAAAAACAAAAGAAACAAAAUAAAAUAAAAAAAUAUAUCAAGAAAAAACAAAAUAGAAAAAACAAAAGGAAAAAUAAAAAAAACAGAAAAAAAAAGACAUAA